CCGGCCGACGAGAUCGCCGCCGCGGCCGAUGGCCGCCUCCUCCGCCCCGCCUCCCCUUCUUCCCCGCCUCCUGGCGCUCGCCCUGACGCUCGCCGUCGUCGUAUCCGCCGCCGCCGCCGCCAGGAUCCGGGCCUCCGUCACCCCGAUCUCCCGCAGCCUCUACCACUCCAGUGAUUCCCUUCUGAGUGAUAUCAAGGCUUUGGUUGCCCGGCAUCCAGACAAGUUGAGUAUGGAUACCAAGAUAGCAAGCAACAAAGGUUAUUCCACAGAGCUUUUUAUUGUUACUUUUAAUCAUGUCAAGGAGAGCACAGCCAAUUCUUCGAAGAUCCAUGUCCUCCUGAGCUUUGGGCAGCAUGGCAGAGAGCUUAUUACUUCUGAAGUUGCGUUACACCUGCUUUAUAUUUUGACGGAGAAGCAUAAAAUUGCGGGUGUGGAUCUGUCAUCCUUUGAGAAAAUACUGGAGAAUCUUGUUAUCAAAGUGGUGCCCAUGGAAAACUUAAAUGGUCGAAAGCGUGUUGAAGAAGGGGAGCUUUGUGAUAGGAGAAAUGGAAGAGGAGUUGAUCUUAAUAGAAAUUGGAGUGUUGAUUGGGGAAAGAAGGAAAAGGAUUAUGAUCCAUACGAGGAGAAUCCUGGUACUGCCCCUUUUAGCGAACCUGAGGCUCAGAUCAUGCGAGAGCUAUCCAAGUCAUUUAAACCACAUAUGUGGGUGAAUGUGCAUUCGGGGAUGGAGGCCUUGUUUAUGCCAUAUGACCAUAAGAAUACUACACCAAACGGGGCAUCUGCCCAUUUAAUGAGAUCAGUUUUGGAGAAUUUGAAUCAUCGCCAUUUUCAAGAUAGCUGCCUUGUUGGAUCAGGUGGUGGAGCUGUGGGGUAUCUUGCACAUGGGACCACGACUGAUUACAUGUAUGACAUUGUAAAGGUGCCUAUGCCAUUUACCUUCGAGAUUUAUGGAGAUGAGACAGCAACUACCAGUGAUUGCUUCAAGAUGUUCAAUCCUGUAGACAAGACAACAUUCGAUCGAGUCAUUAACAAGUGGUGCAUGGCAUUCCUCAUACUAUUUGAGGAAGGUUUGCGAAACCUGCGUGAUGCUCAAGUAGUAUCCGAAGGUGGGAUGGAUAAUUUUGUCCCAAUGGGAGGAGACAUUGUUGAGAGAAGUUCAGCAGGAAAGAGCAGUCCAGAUAAGAGGAAACUUGAAGGCCUUGACCUUGGAAUGCAGGAACUAAGAACCUACUUUAGACUAUUCAUGCUAUCAACAGUCCUGUUGAUGUUCAUGUUCUGUUCGAGGAUAUCAAAGAACAGGAACAGAGACGCAGGUAACAUUUUUGACACCUGAAACCCCAUAAAAGAAUAGACUGAAGCUCACUGUCGAGUUGAGUUGAGUUCCGGAUUCGGUUUGUGGCAAGAGUGAUCACCAUUUGUUGCCUCAGAUGAACAAAGUGCAUGAACCAUUCAAAACUUUGGAGGAACUUGUGCGGUUUACAGCCUGAAGAUACACUGAUUUGGGAGGCGACAUGGCAGGUAGAGUUCAGAAUGGCAUUGUGCAGUCUCUGUUUAGAUACUAGAUGCAUGUCAAAUGAUUUGUUUUUACAUUCAACAAAUCAUACAAGCUGUAAGUUGUAAAGCUGUCCAUAUCAGUUCGUUGUGAUGAGUAGGUAUUGAAGGUUAGUGCCCAAAGAACAUUUUUUUAACGUUGAAUAUUUGUCACAAUUAAUUGUACUAUUUUGCCAUGAGCUGCUUCUGUCGGACUGGUGGCGUUUGUAUGCACAGUGAGUUGGCAGAGUGCCUGACCUGAGCACCUUUUUCCCCCGAACAAA